UUCCAUCUCAUGUCCAGUUCCGGGUGAUUAUUUCGCCCAUUUGGAUGCCAGUGGCAGAAGAAUUGAUUUGAAUGAACGGCCUGAGCUUAGCAAGGGUAGUGUGGAAUUCAUUGCACCAGCUGAAUAUAUGGUGCGGCCUCCGAUGCCACCACUAUAUUUUUUCCUCAUUGACGUGUCACUUUCCGCUGUUAGAAGUGGAAUGCUUGAGGUUAUGGCACAAACUAUUAAGUCUUGUUUGGAUAAAUUGCCUGGCUGUCCCAGAACACAAAUUGGGUUCAUAACUUUUGACAGCACUAUACAUUUUUAUAACAUGAAGUCAUCUUUGACGCAGCCUCAAAUGAUGGUGGUCUCAGAUCUGGAUGAUAUAUUUGUUCCUUUGCCCGAUGAUCUCCUUGUUAACUUGUCAGAGUCAAGAAGUGUGGUGGAUGCUUUUCUAGAAAGCUUACCCUCCAUGUUUCAGGACAAUGUGAAUGUUGAAUCUGCUUUUGGUCCAGCUCUUAAAGCAGCAUUUAUGGUCAUGAGCCGACUUGGUGGUAAAUUGUUAAUUUUCCAGAAUACACUGCCUUCACUUGGUGUUGGCCGCCUAAGGUUGCGUGGAGACGAUCUUCGUGUUUAUGGAACAGAUAAAGAGCAUGCAUUAAGAAUACCUGAAGAUCCGUUUUAUAAACAGAUGGCUGCUGAUUGUACCAAGUGUCAGAUAGCAGUGAAUGUCUAUGCAUUCAGUGACAAGUACACUGAUAUAGCUUCCCUAGGAACUUUGUCAAAAUAUACUGGUGGACAAGUGUAUUACUAUCCGAGCUUCCAUUCAGCAAUUCACCAAGAGAAGUUGAGACAUGAGCUAGCCAGGGAUCUUACGAGAGAAACUGCCUGGGAAGCUGUCAUGCGCAUAAGAUGUGGAAAAGGUGUGAGGUUCACAUCUUAUCAUGGGAAUUUUAUGCUUAGGUCCAUUGAUUUAUUAGCGCUUCCAGCUGUAGACUGUGAUAAAGCUUACGCAAUGCAGAUGGGUCUUGAAGAAACAUUAUUGACCACUCAGACUGUAUAUUUUCAAGAUGCUUUGUUGUAUCCUUUAGCUGAUGCAUAAGAAAUUCAAGCAUGCUUCUCUUGGCAUG